CCCAGUGUAGAGAUAUAUAGCGAGUGUGUGAGAGGACACAAGCCCACAAGCAGCAGACAGGACAGGUCCUCAGCAGUAAUGGCAGCAGCACUCACUCAGUUCUGUGGAUCAACAUUCUGGAAUGCAUCGUUCCUGGAGCGGUCUGAUCCAGACCUGCCGGUAUGUCUGGAACAGACUGUUCUGGUGUGGAUUCCCCUGGGCUUCUUGUGGCUGACGGCCCCAUGGCACCUCUUGGGGCUCUUCAAGAAGAAAGCAUCCAGCACACAUAUUUCCAGACUGUACUGCACAAAACAGCUCCUGGUUGCUCUUCUGUUCCUGACCUCCAUCGCUGGACUGGCCGUCACCCUGGCUGAGGAUUAUGGGAACUACAGGGAUCCGAGUCCAGAGAAACAGAACCCUGGAGUGCUCUACACCAACCCUGCCCUGUACUGUGCAUCAUGGCUCCUGAUGCUCCUGAGCCAGGAGAGUGUGCGUCGGCGAGGCGAGACGGGGGAGUCUGGGGCUCUCUUCCUGUUCUGGAUCCUCUCUGUCCUCUGUGGGGUCUUCCCCUUCCAGACACUGCUGCGGGAGGCCCUGCGCCAGGACAGCGUUUCAGACCUGCCCCGCUUCACUUUGUUUUAUAUCUCCUAUGGCCUCCAGGUCCUCACACUCAUCAUGUCUUCCUUUGCUGACGUUUCCCAGGAAACUAGGGAGGAAGCUAAGAAGAAUCCAGAGACAUCUGCUUCUUUCCUAAGCAGAAUCACGUUUAACUGGUUCAACAGUAUGGUGCUUAAUGGUUACAAGCGCCCCCUAGAGGUGGAGGACCUGUGGGAUUUGAAUGAGUCGGAUAAGACCCAGGCCAUCUUCUCUGAGUUUGAGAAGACGAUGAACUGGGAGGUGAAGAAGGCCUGGAAGAAGCAGAAUCAGCGAAGGAAACAGGGUCUUCAGAGCGACACGCAGGCGAACAGGCUGGCCAAGAGUCACAGCCAGGAUGUGUUGGUCAUGGAGGAGAAGGGGGAACAGAAGAAGAAGGAGGCCAGUUCAGAGAAGCAGUGCGAGUUUGCACAGUCCUGGCUGAUCCCCAGCCUGGUGAAGACGUUCCCACGAGUGCUGCUGGAGUCUGCACUCUUUAAAGUCCUGCAGGACCUGCUGGUCUUUGUCAGCCCACAGAUCCUCAAGCUCAUGGUGUCCUUCACGCAGGACAAGUCCAUCUUCGAGUGGAAGGGGUAUCUGUAUGCAGUGCUGCUGGUUCUGGUUGCCGUGCUGCAGUCCAUGCUCUUGCAGCAGUAUUUCCAGCGCUGCUUUGUGCUGGGGAUGAGGGUGCGCACUGCAAUCAUGGCCGCCGUCUACAAGAAGGCCCUCGUGGUUUCCAAUGCAGCCCGAAAGGAGUCCACCGUGGGCGAGAUAGUGAACCUGAUGUCAGCCGAUGCCCAGCGUUUCAUGGACGUGACGAACUUCAUCCACCUGCUGUGGUCCUGCCCCCUGCAGAUCAUCGUCUCCCUCGUGUUCCUGUGGGAGGAGCUGGGGCCCUCUGUGCUGGCCGGCCUCGCCACCAUGAUCCUCCUGGUGCCCCUCAAUGGCUUUCUGGCUGUCAGGUCGAAAACCCUCCAGACAAAAAACAUGAAGUACAAAGACCAGCGGAUGAAGUUAAUGAAUGAAAUUCUCAAUGGAAUAAAGAUCCUCAAGAUUUAUGCCUGGGAGCCUUCAUUUGAAGCCCAGAUCCUGGGUAUCCGAGAGAAGGAACUGAAAGUGAUGAAGAGCUUUUCCUACCUGGCUUCAAUCUCCAUGUUCAUAUUUACCUGUGCACCCUUUCUGGUGUCCCUGGCGAGCUUUGCUGUGUUUGUCUCCAUCAGCUCUGAUAACAUCCUGACUGCAGAAAAGGCCUUCACCUCCAUCUCUCUCUUCAACAUCCUGCGCUUCCCCCUGGCCAUGCUGCCUAUGCUCAUCUCCAGCAUGGUGCAGGCUGCCGUCUCUGUGAAACGUUUAGAGAAGUUCUUGGGAAGCACCGAUCUGGAUGACUCUGCAGUCCACCAUGACCCCAGUUUCAACACUGCUGUUAGUUUCUGUGACGCCUCCUUCACUUGGGAGAAGAAUGGAGAGCCGGUUUUGAAGAACAUAUCUCUUGAUAUUAAACCAGGCAGUCUGAUCGCAGUGGUGGGGGCUGUGGGCUCAGGGAAGUCAUCAAUGGUGUCUGCAAUGCUGGGAGAAAUGGAGAAUAUUAGAGGCCACAUUAAUAUAAAGGGCUCGGUGGCCUAUGUACCACAGCAGGCAUGGAUCCAGAAUGCCACUGUGAGGGAUAACAUCCUGUUUGGGUCUGUGCUGGAGCAGGAGCGGUACCAGUGUGUGCUGGAGGCCUGUGCUCUUCUACCAGACCUGGCACUGCUGCCAGGGGGUGACCAAACCGAGAUUGGAGAAAAGGGAAUUAACCUGAGCGGCGGUCAGAAGCAGCGGGUCAGUCUGGCCAGGGCUGCCUACAGCCACGCAGAUCUCUACAUCCUAGAUGAUCCGCUCUCUGCUGUGGACGCUCACGUGGGGAACCACCUCUUUGAGAAGGUAGUGGGACCCCACGGGUUGCUCAAGGGCAAGACACGGGUCCUGGUUACUCAUGGGGUGAGCUUCCUCCCUCAUGUAGAUGAGAUUGUGGUUCUGGUGAAUGGAGAGCUUUCAGAGAUUGGCUCAUACCAGAGCCUGCAGGCCAGUGGGGGCGCUUUCUCUGAAUUCCUGAGCACGUACGCCUCGGAGGGGAACCGCAAGGAGGGCGGGGCACAGGAUGUAUCGGGAGUCGGAGAGGAGGCUGUGAUGUUGCUUGAUUCCCUGGAGCCCCAGGCAGACGACCCCCCUGAGGAUGUGGUGAAAGUGAUUCUGAAACGAGAGAACAGCCUGCGGCUCAGCCAGCGCAAUGGCAGAGUUAGCACACAGAAACACUCCUCCCGAGCAGGGAGUGUGGUCUCUGCACAGAAGGAUCAGAAAGGCCAGCGGCUGAUUGAGAAGGAGAAUGUGGAGACUGGACAGGUGAAGCUCGCGGUUUAUAAGAAGUACAUGCACGCUUUGGGCUGGGGUUACUCUUCAGUCAUUGUCCUGGCGUACCUGUUACAGAAUGUAGCCUUCAUUGGGCAGAACCUGUGGUUGAGUGCUUGGACAAAUGAUGCAGUGGCAUACAUGAACGAAACCUACCCUGCCUCUCUGCGGGACAUGAGGGUGGGAGUGUUUGGGGUGCUGGGGAUGACACAAGGUGUGUUGGUGUUCAUUGGAACAUUACUAAUGGCAGCUGGGGCCAUAUCUGCUUCCCGCAUCCUCCAUAGCCGGCUGCUGCAUAACAUUCUCCAUGUCCCCAUGUGCUUCUUUGACACAACGCCCAGUGGAAGAGUUGUGAAUCGAUUUGCGAAAGACAUUCUUACCGUAGACGAAGCGAUCCCCAUGUCAUUGCGGAGCUGGCUCGUAUGCUUUCUUGGAGUGCUUGGCACGCUGUUUGUCAUCUGUUUAGCUACUCCAUUCUUCACUGCAGUGAUUAUUCCACUUGCAAUCUUCUACUACUUUGUACAGCGCUUCUAUGUUGCUACUUCCAGGCAGCUUAGGCGUUUAGAUUCGGUGUCCCGCUCCCCCAUCUACUCCCACUUCGGAGAAACAGUGUCCGGGCUAUCAGUCAUUCGUGCAUACGGGCAUCAAGAGCGCUUCCUCCAGCACAACGAGAUGACCAUUGACAAGAACCAGCAGUGCGUGUACCCCUGGAUCGUCUCCAACAGGUGGCUUGCUGUCCGGCUGGAGUUUGUUGGGAACCUGGUGGUGUUCUUCUCGGCUCUGUUUGCUGUGCUUUCUCGCGACUCUCUGGACAGUGGGCUGGUUGGACUCUCUAUAUCCUAUGCACUCAAUGUGACUCAGACUUUAAACUGGUUGGUGAGGAUGACUUCUGAACUGGAAACUAACAUCGUAGCAGUGGAGAGAGUGUGUGAAUACACCGAGCUGGAGAAUGAGGCAUCCUGGGUCACAGACGUUCACCCACCUCCACACUGGCCAGAGGAUGGGAAGAUCCAGUUCGAUAACUACAAGUUUCGGUACCGGCCUGAGUUGGACCUGGUAUUGAAUGGGAUAACAUGUGACAUCAACAGCACUGAAAAGAUAGGCAUUGUGGGCAGGACUGGCGCGGGGAAGUCCAGCCUGACAAACUGCCUGUUUCGGAUCAUUGAGGCUGCAGAAGGCAGGAUCUUGAUUGACGGCAUCGACAUUGCCACGCUCGGGCUUCACGACCUCAGGCAAAAGCUCACCAUCAUCCCACAGGACCCUGUCCUGUUUUCUGGGUCUCUGAGGAGGAAUCUGGACCCGUUUGAGAGCUUCACUGACCAGGAGAUAUGGAAGGCAAUGGAGCUGUCCCAUCUGAAGCAGUUUGUGGGGGAGUUACAGGAAGGACUGAACCAUGAGGUCACUGAAGGGGGGGAGAACCUCAGUGUGGGGCAGCGGCAGCUCCUGUGUCUGGCAAGAGCUCUACUCCGGAAAUCCCGGAUUCUGAUCCUGGAUGAGGCCACAGCAGCAGUGGACCUGGAGACGGAUAAUCUGAUCCAGACAACAAUCCGGGCGGAAUUCUCCCACUGCACCGUGCUGACCAUCGCUCACCGUCUCCACACCAUCAUGGACAGCUCCCGAGUGAUGGUUUUGAGCGCAGGGAAGAUUGUGGAGUUUGAUACCCCCAGACAACUACUUCAAAAGCAGGGCUACUUUUAUGCCAUGGUGAAGGAUGCUGGGAUUGCCACAGUGGACGACACAGCCCUCUAAUCUCCCAUGGGAGGGACCAACACAAACCGAGUACUGAGUCAUUCUGCAAGAUGAAUUAUGAGAGACUGGAGCCGACCCACUUGGCCAUCUUAAACCCACUGGGCCAUAUUCAACCCACUGCGCCAUCUUCAACCCACUGCACCAUCUUUAACCCACUGCGCCAUCUUCAACCCACUGCGCCAUGUUUAACCCACUGUGCCAUCUUUAACCCACUGCACCAUCUUUAACCCACUGCGCCAUCUUUAACCCACUGCGCCAUCUUUAAUCCACUGCUCCAUCUUCAACCCACUGUGCCAUCUUUAACCCACUGCGCCAUCUUUAACCCACUGCGCCAUCUUUAACCCACUGCGCCAUCUUUAAUCCACUGCUCCAUCUUCAACCUACUGCACCAUCUUUAACCCACUGCGCCAUCUUUAACCCACUGCACCAUCUUUAAUCCACUGCUCCAUCUUCAACCUACUGCUCCAUCUUCCAGUGGGCUGCAUGCAUGCUGUACAAGAAUAUAAUUGUUUUAUUAUAGGAUUAUAAAUGCACUUCCUAACCCUGGCCUCACCUCAAGAGGAGAGUGACUAGCGGAGAGGUCAGGGAGAGCGCUAAUAGGAUUAGAAGUGCUUCCCUGGCCUCACCUCAGGAGGAGAGCGACUAGCGGAGAGGCCAGGGAGAGCGCUAAUAGGAUUAGAAGUGCUUCCCUGGCCUCACCUCAGGAGGAAAGCAACACCAGCUCAAUGAUACAUUUUUGUAAAGCAAUAGAUUUUUUUCUUUUUUUGUAAGUGUUUAGUAUUUAUUACUUUGACAUGGUUUGUCUUGCAGGCUACAGGAGGGAGAAGAUUUAUAAUACAGUAUUAAAGGGUUCUCAUUCCUCAUUAGAGAGGGGAGUGUAAGAUUUCAAACAGAUUUUUAAAUAUGAGAGUGCAGUGUCAUUGCAAUAUUUUUGCUGGAUUUAGAUUGACUGAGAUUUUUGAAUAAUAAUAAUAGUUUUGAAUUUGAGGCUUGUUUAUAAAGCUGCAUGACAGCCUGUGUGUCCCGUACUGAUACAGUACAUUCCUGGACUGGUUCUAAUAAAGGGUUCGCUCUGCUGUGUUCAUGUAAAUGCUGUGUCCUCAUUUCUUUUGAAAGCCUGUGAAAAGUCCAGUGUAGACAGCAGUGCUGGUGCAGUGAUAACUUCUUUUUCAUUAUCACCCUGAACUUUAACAUUUCAGUAAACAGGAGUCUUCAUUUCACUCUGGAAAUAUACAGUUUUUUUGUUCACUGUGUUUAUGUACAUGCUUUUUCUUUUUUGUCUUAUAAAAAGUAUUCUAAAAAAAGGGAGGGGGUAAACUUGUUUUCAUAAAGCAAUGAAAGAGUAUAAUAAAAGUAGGUCAUGCAAUGUUA